AUGGCGUUUCUCUUCAACAAAUUCCAGGAGGCAAUCAAAACACUUGCUAAGAGUCCAAGCUUUGCUCGAGACCCACGGCAUCUUCAGUUUGACGCUGACGUGAAUCGUUUAUUUCUCUAUACCAGCUAUAAUCGUUUGGGAAAGCAUUCUGAAGAAAAGGACGCCGAGGAGAUUAUUGAAUUGGCUAGCAAAGCAUCUGUUACUGACCAGCAGAAACAAGUGCAGCAAAAUGUUCAUUAUCAACUUAAGCAUAUAUGCAAAUCAAUGGAUAGCAUUCUUCGUCCUGAUACAAAAGAUCCAUCACAAUCUCCUUCUGAUGCUUAUAAUAAUUCUCGACGAAGUGGCUUGAGUUUGGCCGUUGGCACAGGAGUUGCAGCUGCAAACAAGCCAGCUGUUCCUGCUACGCGACCUUUAACUCGAACUGAAUUGUCAAACAAAUUCAGGGAUCAGUUUGGCUACACCCUUGACAUCAAGCCGUCACUAAUACCUCACAAAGAUGCAGGGCAAGGUCUGUUCUUAUCUGGAGAAGCUAAUGUUGGUGCUGUCCUAGCCAUCUACCCUGGAGUUAUAUACUCACCUGCGUAUUAUCGAUAUAUCCCUGGAUACCCAAGAAUCGAUGCGUGCAACAGUUAUCUUAUCACAAGAUAUGACGGAACAAUAAUCAACGCGAAACCAUGGCAUUUAGGUGGUGAAACAAGAGAAAUAUGGGAUGGUUCAGAUCCAGUGGAUUACAAUACAACGCCACCCAUAAACCCAGAGAGCAACUCUGACCGGGCAUGGAGGAUGCUUAACAAGCCCCUGCAGAAGAGUGGCAGUGAAAACUUCGGGGAUGUGCUUGAACGGCGAAAUCCACUAGCCUUUGGUCAUUUCGCGAACCAUCCACCGGGAGGAUCGACUCCUAAUGUCAUGAUCUGCCCAUAUGAUUUUCCACUGACAGAGAAGGACAUGAGAGCAUACAUCCCGAACAUUGCAUUUGGUGGUGAAGAGCCGGUUACAAUGAAGAGGUUUGGCUCCUUCUGGUUCAAGUCCAGAGCCCCUGGUAAACAGACCGGGGAGUCACCGGUUCUGAGGACGCUUGUGCUAGUGAGUACGAGGUCCGUAUGUGACGAAGAGCUCUUCCUGAACUACCGGUACAGCAGCUCAAAGGGGCGGCCAGAGUGGUAUACCCCAGUGGAUGAAGAAGAGGAUAAGAGGAGAUGGAGCUAG